AACACAUCUCGAUCCAAGUCUCCACAACAUAGCGACCACGAUACGGCCGCUCGCCCGCCUCUGCUUACUCGUCUGCGCCGCCCUCGCCUCGCUCUACAUCUACCGCGUGCUCCCCCUCCUCCCUUCUCCCUCCCCCACCCCCGACCCCGACCCACACCCCUCCCACACAAUGGCAUCGCUCAAGCACCUCAAGGUCGUGCCCAAGGAGGCGCACCAGGCGACCGUCAUCUUCCUGCAUGGCCUCGGCGACAGUGGCCACGGCUGGCUCCCCGUCGCCAAGAUGCUGUGGGCGAGCAUGCCCAACGUCAAGUGGGUGCUCCCGCAUGCGCCCGAGCUGCCCGUGACCCUCAACGGGGGCUACCGCAUGCCGGCCUGGUUCGACAUCUACACGCUCGACCGCAGCCAGACCCCGCGGCACGAGGACGAGGCGGGCCUCCUCGCUGCCGUGGAGGCGGUCGACAAGCUCAUCCAGGCCGAGGUCGACGCCGGCAUUCCAGAGGACAAGAUUGUGCUCGGCGGCUUCUCGCAGGGCGGCGCGGUGACUGCGCUCUCGCUGCUCCUCGGCAAGCGCAAGCUCGCCGGCUAUGUCAGCCUGUCGACGUGGGUGCCGCUCGCGCACAAGGUCGAGGCGCUGGCCCGCAAGGACGCGAACGAGAUCCCCGUGUUCUGGGGCCACGGCAAGGACGACCAGGUCGUCGAGUACCAGUGGGGCGUCAAGUCCGUCGAGCUCCUCGAACAGCUCGGCUUCAAGCGCCUGCCUGCCGGCGAGACCUUCGCCCGCCCCGGCCUCCGCUUCGAGUCGUACCCCAACAUGGGCCACUCGUCAUCACCAAAGGAGAUUGAGGACCUGCGCGAGUGGAUCACCGCGGCGUUGAAGUAGGAUGCGGUGGGGCUCAGGACGGGGUCGGCGCAGUUGACAGCAAAGCUGUGACGCUGUGGCUCCUCUCCCAACGACAAAAGAAUAGAAGUGUGGCGAAUAAUACACGACUGUGCCGCCACGGCCCCGUCUACGCAUGCAAACUGUCACAUGG